UAACAUUUUACUGCACAGGUGGCACAGUAUUAAAAGUUAGUUUGGAUUAUGUUUUCACAACUAUUACAUUUUUUCUAACAUGGCUUCAUAUUAUAUAGGCCAAUGCAUUAUUUUUAUUCUCUUCACUUUGGCAAUCUGCAGUUCCAGGUAUCUGUAAUCGGUAACACACAGCUGCACUGCUUGGAAGGGGCUGUUACAGCUUAGUUCAGCCAGGUUUUUCAAUAGCUGUGUGUAGCUCUCACGUAUUUGCAUUACAUGUAUAAUUUCCAUCAUCUGUGCAACUUCGGAACAGACGCGCCGAGACCCGUCUGGUGGUGGUGCAUCGCGCCGGGGACCUGCGCUGAGGUGCUGCUGAGGAUGCAUUCAGUCGGGAUCUGUGGAUCUGAUGUCCACUACUGGCAGCAUGGUAGAAUUGGGGACUUUAUUGUAAAGAAACCCAUGGUGCUAGGGCAUGAGGCAUCCGGAACUGUCAUCAAAGUGGGGUCAUCAGUAACCCAUCUGAAGCCAGGCGAUCGAGUGGCCAUUGAGCCUGGUGCUCCACGAGACAUCGAUGAAUUCUGCAAAAUCGGACGCUACAACCUGUCUCCAACUAUCUUCUUCUGUGCGACACCUCCCGAUGAUGGAAACCUGUGCCGAUAUUAUGCACACAGUGCCAGCUUUUGCUACAAGCUUCCAGAUAACAUCACCUUUGAAGAAGGGGCCCUCAUUGAACCACUCUCUGUGGGAAUCCAUGCCUGCCGAAGAGGCGGAGUCACUCUGGGAUCCAAAGUCUUAAUCUGUGGGGCUGGACCCAUUGGGCUAGUCUGCUUGCUCAUCGCCAAGACGAUGGGUGCUGCCCAGGUAGUAAUCACUGAUUUAUCCACCUCCCGCCUGGAAAAAGCCAAAGAGAUCGGGGCAGAUUUCACCAUUGAGAUAAAGAAAGAGACCCCAAAGGACAUGGCCUGCAUGGUGCAAGAUUUGCUUGACUGCAUGCCUGACAUAACCAUGGAGUGCUCCGGGGCAGAGGCCAGCAUCCAAACUGGCAUUUACGUGAGUUCUUCCUUCCCUUAUCCAAGAUCAGUGCCGGCAUUUACUUCUCUCUUUUCAGGCCACUCGCUCAGGUGGGACCCUGGUUCUGGUGGGGCUGGGACCGGAGAUGGUCCAUGUCCCCAUCGCGAAUGCUGCUGUGCGGGAGGUGGAUAUCAAGGGGAUAUUUCGCUACUGCAAUACGUGGCCCAUGGCGAUUGCUAUGCUUGCAUCCAAGAAAGUGGACGUCAAGCCUUUGGUUACACACCGCUUCCCUUUGGAAAAAGCGCUAGAGGCCUUUGAGACAGUCAAGAAGGGCUUGGGAGUGAAAGUUAUGCUGAAGUGUGACCCCAGUGACCAGAAUCCCUGAAGCAUGGCACUGCACUCCUCCCCUAUUAUACUGCCUGGCUUAAAGAUGAAGAAUGAGCUCUCUAGAGAGAUGGGAACUGUAAUAAUAAGUUUAUAAGUCGCAUAUAGUGUUUGAGGAAUAAAGUUAUGGUCACCUGUUGUGCAGACAGUGCA